AUGCCGCUCCUCGCCCUCCCCAACGAGCUCCUCUACCAAAUCACCUCGUAUCUCCCCCUCUCCUCCCACGUCGGCCUUCAACGCACAAACCACGCCCUCUACGACCGCCUCUUUGGCUUGACGCUCGACCGCUUCAUCACCGCUACGCGCCACUACCCGCGCGGCCUCUCUGCAACCCACUACGGCGCGGAAAAAAACAAUAUCCCCCUCCUCACUACAGCCCUCAAGAAGGGCCUCCUCAUCGUCCCGGACCCCGCAAACGUCGAGACGCCGCUGCACCUCGCCGCGUUCCAGGGCCAUGUCGACGCCGUGCGUGUCCUACUCGACUAUGGUGUCGAGGUCGACCCCCAGGAUUCCAAGCGUGGACGCACGCCGCUGCAUCUGGCGGUGCAGAGGGCGCAUCUGCCGGUUAUAAGGAUGCUUCUAGAGCGCGGAGCGAGCGUGAAGGUGGUGGACGGCGCGGGGAGGGGUGCGAUGGGCUUCUGGCUAACGAUUGAUAUGUCCUUUUGGAGGCUGUCGUGCACAAAGACGGCGGAGGUGUUUGUGAUGCUACUGGAAUGGGGGGCAAAGGUUAGUGGCGCUGGGGGCGGUGUUGGAACGGCCAAUCUGGAAGUUGCGGUGAGGCACCGUGUGAUGACCGUAAAGCGGGAGGUGUUGCAGUUAUUGAAAGAGAGGAGGGGACAGCGAGGUAUAGACGCCAUAGUGAAGAUGUUGCAGAAGAAGUGGAUUAUAACGGCGAGUGAGUUUGACUCUUACGACACAAUGGGAGAGGUGAUUUUUGCACGGAUGCCGACAGCGGUGGAUUGGGCUGAGUUUAGUAGUAGGCCGCUGCCUAAGAUUAAGAAGAAGGACUUGUAUGUUGCGCCGCUGCCCAAGGCUAAGAGGAAGGGGUCCUGGAGUCUGAAGAUUAGCUCCAUCGGCAAGGGGAUCAUGGCCCGCAAAGAGAAGAUCGGGCUGGGGACUGGAUCUAGCCUCCGAAAAUUCAAGGUUGCAAUCCGUGUCAGUGGGAAGGGCGUAAGGCUGUUUAAACGCAUUGGUCCGCCAAGAAAGUCGUGGGGAGGUUGA